CUUGCCAAGAAAGCCCUGUGCUGAUGGGUUUGCCUUAGGUUUGCUGUUAAGUUGAAAGUGACUAAGAGGCUGGAUGAACAACCAAGCAUCCUGAAAAUCUCUCAUGCAGGUGAAAAUGAAGAAGGAAAAGCAGGUGUGCUGGGAGAUGGACAGUGAGGAGAAGCUGGUCUUGGUGAAUGGAAGCUGUGGUGACCCAUCGGAGGACAGAGAGGACCCUUCUUUGGAAGUCGAGGGGGAGAAUAAGAAGAAAGCAGAUGCUGGUGAUGCAGUGAAUCUGUCCCUCAAGACAAAGGAAAAGAAGAACAAGGGUACUGAGUCCCUCAAGGAAGGGCAAGAGGUACGGACCCGUGGAAGUGCUGGCUGGGAGAACAGUCUGCGUCAGAAGCCCGCUCCUCGCAUUGUCUUCCAGGCAGGACCGCAGGAGAAGAAACCCAAAGAUGAUGUGGAGAGUAUAGAGGGAUUCAAGGAAAGGCACAGAAUCAGGUAUUCUAGAAGAAUCAGUGCAUCAGUCAGUUAUUCAGAGGAAGAAAGCAUCUCGUCCGGACCGUGGGCCAUCAAUGGUAUCCCAAACGGAAGUCCUUACUCGCCAUUACUGAGGCGGGCCAAAGAAUACCAGGAUGGGAGAGAUUUGAAAAUCGGGGAGCUGGUGUGGGGGAAGAUCCGGGGCUUGGCCUGGUGCCCGGCCAUCAUUGUCACCUGGAAGGCCACAUCCAACCGCCCUCGCAGCCCUGGGAUGCGAUGGGUCAAAUGGUUUGGUGAGGGAAAGUUUUCAGAGGUCUCCGCUGACAAACUGGUGGGAUUGGUGGCCUUCCAGGACCAUUUCAACUCUUCCACUUUUCAGAAGUUGGUGUCCUACCGACAAGCAUUCCUUCACGUAUUGGAAAUUGCAAGCAGCCGAGCUGGCAAGACUUUCUCUAGUUCCCCGGGGGAUUCUCUGGAAGAAAAGCUGAAGCCCAUGGUGGAUUGGGCCCUUGGUGGCUUCAAGCCCACAGGAGGGAAAGGACUGAAGCCACCCAAGAUCUCAGAGGAUGAAGAACAAGACGAGAGUAGCGUGGAAGAGCCAGUUCCGGCUGAAGUGGCCCCACCAUCCAAGCGGCUAAAGACGUAUCUCUACAAUGGGAACAACAAGGAGCAGACAGAGGAGAACCAAAACAGAGAGCGGAUGCUUUCUGAAGUCAGGAAUAACAAGAAGAGCCUGGAAGAGAGUUGUCUGUCCUGUGGGGCGAAGAAUCCAGUAACUUUCCAUCCACUGUUUGAAGGGGGACUCUGCUCAACUUGCCAGGAUCGGUUCCUGGAGCUUUUCUACAUGUACGAUGAGGAUGGGUACCAGACCUACUGUGCCAUCUGCUGCGAGGGCACUGAGCUGCUCCUCUGUGACAAUGCCAGUUGUUUCAGGUGCUUCUGUGUGGAUUGCUUGAAUGCCCUGGUGGGUCGUGGGGCGGCUGAUGCAGCCCGGAAUGAGGAACCCUGGAGCUGUUACAUGUGCCAGCCACAAACACGUUAUGGUUUGCUUCUGCGGCGGCAUGACUGGAACAUGCGCCUGAAGGAAUUCUUCACCAAUGAGAGAGGGCAGGAAUACGAGGCACCAAAAAUCUACCCUGCCAUCCCAGCAGCAAAGAGGCGUCCCAUUAGAGUCCUUUCUCUCUUUGACGGUAUAGCUACAGGUUACCUGGUGCUGCGGGAUCUGGGCAUCAAAGUGGAGAAAUAUGUUGCCUCUGAGAUCUGCGAAGACUCCAUAGCUGUGGGAACCGUACGGCAUGAAGGGAACAUCAGAUACGUGCAUGAUGUCAGGAACAUCACCAAGAGAAAUAUGGAUGAAUGGGGCCCAUUUGAUUUGGUGAUUGGGGGAAGUCCUUGUAAUGAUCUCUCCAUUGUGAAUCCUGCCAGGAAGGGCUUGUAUGAGGGCACUGGACGCCUCUUUUUCGAAUUCUACCACCUGCUCAACUAUUCGCGCCCCAAAGCAGGAGAAGAACGCCCAUUUUUCUGGCUGUUUGAGAAUGUCGUAGCCAUGCGGGUCAAUGACAAGAGAGACAUCUCUCGCUUUUUAGAGUGUAACCCGGUUAUGAUUGAUGCUGUGAAGGUCUCAGCUGCACACAGAGCACGGUAUUUCUGGGGCAACCUGCCUGGGAUGAACAGGCCUCUGGUUGCUUCCAAGGCAGAUAAGCUUGAACUGCAGGAUUGCUUGGAAUACAGUAGGACAGCUAAGUUGAAAAAGGUCCAAACUAUAACCACAAAGUCCAAUUCAAUCAGGCAGGGGAAAGCCCAGACCUUGCCUGUGCGCAUGAAUGGCAAAGACGACAAUUUGUGGUGCACUGAACUAGAAAGGAUCUUUGGCUUCCCUCUCCACUACACCGAUGUGUCCAACAUGGGCCGUGUAGCUCGGCAGAAGCUGCUCGGCAGGUCGUGGAGCGUCCCAGUUAUCCGCCACCUCUUUGCCCCGCUCAAAGACUAUUUUGCCUGUGACUAAAUACAGCAGGGUUACCCCAGGUCUCCUUUGGUCAUGCGGCCAUGGCAGGGAAGGACUGGGAUGGACUAGAAAUACACCAUCCAUUGCAUCACACUCCUCCUUCUUUCCCCACGGGUACUAGAAGGAAAGGACAGCUUUCAGAAGAGACCUUUGCAGAAGUUUCCUUUUAAUCAGGGACCAGAAGACUUACAUGCAUUGUGCAAAAUACUGUGUGUUGAUGGGAAGCAGCUACUCCAUCCUUGUGUCUGGUUAGGCUGUGAAGAACAAACAAACAAACUUGAAAUCAACCAGUGGGAAAAAGAUUUUUCCAGGAAGAGUUACUACAAAAGCAACUGCAUAACAAUGAGCCAAAUGUCCUGUGUUUCAGAGGAAGAGUCAAGAGAAGGAGACAGUUACCUUUUCCUUUAUCUUUCUUUCUCACUUUUUAAAAAUGGAACAAAACAAUUUCACUCACCGGAGGGAAAGGAACAGGAAAAAAACCAACACCACCAAAUACAUUGGGAUGUACCUUUUAAAACAACACUGAUCUGUAACAAAAAUACUUGUAAGGCAGCGUGAUUUUAGGGACAUGUUACAAAAGAGAAACUUAAUGCACAGUUCAUUUGGAUUUUGCUGCAUACGCCUCACAGAAGUGAGAAGGAGCUAUUUAUGAAGUAUUUCCCUGAGAUAUUUAUGCCGCCUCUGGUCAUUUCAGAGGGAUUUAGGUAGAAUAACUCUUGAUGGGUUUGCUGUCAGCCUUCAAUCAAGAUCAAGCAAAGGGAAAUGACAGCACUGCAUUUGCCGAAAGGAAAUUCCGCCCAUGUUUCUGCUGAGGAAUGGCAAGAAAGAUUCUUCUUUUCCCCCCAAUGCACAAAUUCUACAGGUUGCACCAUCGUCGCCUUGCCAAAAUUGGAAUUGGAAGACCGUCUUAACCUGGAAAAAACACCUCACUGCUCCUUGUGUGCCUUCCUUUGAAUUAAGGCCUCCAAUGGAGGGAUAUCUGGUUCAGUCCCUAUUGGUGCUGCUAUUUUCAUAAAGAAUGUUAAGCUCAAUUCUUUUUUUCCCCCCAACUGACAUUACCUUUAUUGCUGAUUUUUGGACACAAAAGAUCAGACUGGUGUGGAAACAAAACCCAUCUAUUUUGGGGGGGGGGGGGGGGCUGGGGUUGGUGGAAACCAAUGGUUUUUGUAGGUUGUGUUGAUCAGACUUUUGCCCACUGUAAUUCAGUCAUCAUUCUCCAUCCUUACCUCAGCUGUGUGCUAAUAAGUUGCAUUGAGGCAACAUUGUGCUGCACCUCUGUAGGCUACAACACCAAAGAUCUGGGGUGUAACCUUUGCUCUUUAUAUGAUGUCAUUUUGGACUAACCAAAAGGUCCUUUCUUGUGGACCCUUUGAAUUUUGGUGAAUUUUUAGGUUUUGAGUGGAUUCACCACCCUACUAAUGUUUGUGGAUUCCCCUCCAAACUGGCCGAGAGCUAUUUUCCCACUGUCAGUAUUCAUAAUGUAGACGGAGCAAUGCUUUGAGCUGUUUGAACAAACAAAAUAUAGUUAUCUGGAAAACUAUUGAGAGCGGCCAAGACACACGCAGAGAACACAUUCCUUCAUUCCAUAGAGCUUUAGAGAUUUUGGUGAGUAUUGCUUCAAAACUGACGACUCAAUGCAGAAAUUUUUCCCCAUCCUGGGGUCUUCAUGAGCCACAGUCUCUCCAAAUGAAUGUGCUUAUGAGAACCUUUGAGAAUUCAAAGCAUUGGAGAUAGCCCAACUCCUCAUCUAGCAUUUCGCCUUUUGUUUGACUUGGGCAACAUCCCUCCCAUCAGUCUCAUGGCGAAUGCCCGAGUAGUAGUACCAUUUAAUUCAUUUGUCCUACUCCACAGGGAAGCAUUCUGAGAUCCCUCUUCUUUCAUGAUGACUUUCAAAGAAGAAGCUGGAGGUUUAUUAAUUCUCCAUCUGUUAAUUAAUGCCAGCAACCAAGAGUAGAGAAGAUAGUUUUGUGGGUUUUUCAAGCUAUGUGGCCAUGUUCCAGAAGAGUUUGUUCCUGAUUUUUUGCCAGCAUC